CUCAGAUGAUAAAGGGGAGGCACCGUCCUUGUGCUUUCCAACAUCGUUUUUCGUCCAUUGACAUCAACCAACCCUUUCUACCACCCGUACACCAAAUCUUUCCAAAAUGUCUACCGAUUACAAGUUCGAGGGCUGGCUCGGCCAUGACUCCAAGUCUGUUGAGGGCAACAUGAAGUGGGGUGAAUUCGAGCCCAAGAAGUGGUCAGAGAACGACGUCGACAUCAAGGUCUCUCACUGCGGUGUCUGCGGUUCAGACCUCCACACCCUGAAGAGUGGUUGGGGCGAGACUCCUUACCCUUGCUGCGUCGGUCACGAAAUCGUCGGCAAGGCUGUCAAGGUCGGAAGCAACAUCAAGCACGUCAAGGUUGGCGAUAGAGUCGGUGUCGGUGCCCAAUCAGAUUCCUGCGGUGAAUGUAUCGACUGCAAGAAUGGCGACCAGAACCACUGCUCGAAGACGACCAACACAUACGGCGACAAGUACAAGGAUGGUUCUGGCAAGUCAUACGGCGGAUAUGCAACAUACGCACGUCACCCUGGUGCCUUUGUCUUCCAGAUUCCCGAAGGUCUCGACAGCGCAGAGGCUGCUCCCAUGCUUUGUGGUGGUGUUACUGUCUACUCGCCCCUGAAGAACAAUGGCUGCGGACCUGGCAAGAAGGUCGGUAUCGUUGGUGUCGGUGGUCUCGGCCACUUUGGUGUCCUGUUCGCCAAGGCUCUUGGUGCCGAUGAGGUUGUCGGUAUUUCUCGCAAAGCAACCAAGAAGGAUGAGGUUCUCAAGCUCGGCGCCGACAGAUACAUUGCCACCGACGACGACAAGGACUGGAGCAAGACUAACGCCCGCUCUCUUGACUUGAUUGUGUCGACCGUAUCUUCGGGCAAGAUGCCCCUCGAUGGCUACCUUGCUCUACUCAAGGUCAAGGGUACGCUCAUCCAGGUUGGUGCACCGGACGGUGGUGAGCUGCCGAACAUCAACGCUUUCACCCUGAUUGGAGGUGGUAUCAAGGUUGGCGGCAGCGCUAUCGGUAGCCCCGCUGAGAUCAACGAGAUGUUGAAGUUGGCUGCUGACAAGAAGAUCCACCCCUGGAUCCAGAAGCGCCCCAUGAAGGAUGCCAACGCCACUGUCGUUGACAUGGAGGCCGGCAAGGCUCGCUACCGCUACGUGCUUUGCAACGACGAGUAAGAUCUCAAUGCUUUUAUGAUUUGAAGAACCCUCCGUUUGGAAGAAGGGUACAUCUCUUGGAACUUUUGGCCC